AAAUGCAUGUCUUGUUGGAUUUGGACCAUCAGUCAUCAUUGAACACCACCAACACUUCUUUGGACGUUGACUAUCCCAGUCUAGAGGCUGUAGACGUGCCGUUCCAGGUCACUUUGGUGACCCUCUUCUCUCUCACUGCUUGCCUUAGUCUCGGCGGCAACCUUACUGUCAUCGCGAUCCUUACUUUCGGGAAAAGAUCCUCAGGGGACCUCCGAGCGUUCCUAAUAAACUUGGCAGUGUCUGACGUCACGAUGGCUGUCUUCUCCAUUCCUUUUACUUACACUCUGUUCAUGCUCGGUCGCUGGAUAUUCCCGCCCUGGUUCUGUCCCAUAGCAAUGGCCAUGCAACACACCUCUGUUAUUGUCUCAGUGUAUACACUGAUGGCCAUAGGGAUUGACAGAUACAGAGCCAUCUGGUACCCAUUCGAGCGUCACAGUCGGAACCUGCGCAACAAAGUCGUGAUACUCGGUAUAUGGCUGAUGGCGGGCCUUGUGUCAGCUAUACAACUGAAGGUGGUUGAAGCCUACCAGUUUAAGUACGACGGCAGGUGGCAUUACGACUGCGCAGAGCGCUGGCUGGAACCACAACACGGUCGUAUGUACACCGUCUUCAUCUUCCUCUUCACCUUCGUAAUCCCGUUAUUUGGGAUGGCUCUUACUUAUUCGUCCAUUGCUUGGAAGAUGUGGCGACGAUCUUCUCCGGGCAACGCUGACCCGGAUCGUGAUCUGGUGCAGCUGAGAGCCAAGAGAAAGGUGAUCAAGAUGUUGGUGACGAUAGUAGUUUUGUUCUCGUUCUGUUGGCUGCCUCUCCAGAUAUUCAAUGCCGUCUACAACUUCUUCCCCGCCUUCGCUAACACUACUACCGACACCUCGCGCACCCUCUAUGCCCUCUCCUAUUUCGGCUGUCUAUGGCUCGCCAACGCCAACAGUUUUGUCAACCCUCUCAUUUACUGCUUCAUGAGUGAAAACUUUCGGGCAGAUUUGCGUGACUUGUUUUGGCGGGUCUGGAGGCGAGAGAAUAACCGGCAACAUCAUGGCGGUUCUCUCCGCAGCUCUACGCGCACUACCAUAAGCUUAGCUCACCAUUCAGAUUAUCCCAGAUCGUUUCGAAGAUCAAAAUACGAAAGAUCAUUCAAAAGCACAUCAUUCGAAAAACAUCCUGACAACAGAAAAUACAACGCUGUUCACUCCUACCUUUAGAGAAAUGUCUACUUCAAUCCAGGAAGAUAUGAAGUCAGAAAGACAUUUCACUAUAAAUCAGCUAAUGAAAGAAAGAUGAGGCGUCAUCAAAUUCAGAAAAAGGCGUUGACUGCAGAAAAGGAAGACACCUUUCCGAGUUCUUGUGUAAUUACUUCCAUUUCAUUUUAGGUUAGGUUUAGGUGGCCUAAUCAUUUUAUCGACACAAUGCAUAAAACAUUGAACUCAAGGAGGUUUUAAAAAGAAUUUAUAAGGAAUGUAAAU